GCGGAAGUUCGUCAUAUGUUAAUGUCGGACGACAUGGCUGCCCAGUGAAACGGACGGGCUCCGUAAGCGGCGGUUCGGGAUUAAAGGUGUGUGCAGCGAUUCUCGAGCCUCGGGCCUGGCGGUGCCAGGUGUGGUUAUACGAUGGCUGGAGACUCCUCUGAAAAAAGAGACCUGGAAAGCUCAGGGGGCAAAGAGCGAAAGCGGAGCCGCUCACGUUCCCGGGACAGGGAUAGAAAGGGUUCUCCGGGGAAGGAACGCAAGCGGCAUCGCUCCCGUGAACGCAAACGUUCCCGCAGCCGAUCAAAGUCUGCAGACAGAGAUCGGCGACAGAAAGACAAAGAAAGAGAGCGAGAUAAGGACAGAGACCGAAGCCGUAAGGACCGAGACAGAGACAGUCACAGACGGGACAAAGAGCGGAGUAAGAGGUCCAGGAGCUCUUCUCCUAAAUCAAAGGAUGGAAAAUUAAAGAGGGAAAAAGAUGUGAAGAGAGAAGAAGAGGAUGAGGAGGAAAAGAAGAAAGAGAAGGUGCAGCCUCUGUCUCUGGAGGAGCUGCUGGCUAAGAAGAAAGCAGAGGAGGAGGCCGAGGCCAAGCCCAAGUUCCUGUCUAAGGCUGAGCGAGAGGCAGAGGCUCUGAAGCGCAGGGAGGUUAUAGCAGAGGAACGCCGCCGGCAGAUCGAUGAUGAGAGGAGGAAGAGGAGGGUGUUCCAGGACAUUGGCAGGAAGAUGUUAGAGGAUCCUCAGGAGCGAGAGCGGCGUGAACGCAGGGAACGAAUGGAGAGAGAGAACAACGGAAACGAAGACGAUGAAGAACGACAGAAGAUACGAGAAGUGAAGGACAAGGGCAAAGAAUUGCAGGCCAUCAAAGAGCGUUAUUUAGGUGGCAUGAAGAAACGGCGGCGCACUAGACACCUGAACGACCGGAAGUUUGUGUUCGAGUGGGAUGCUUCUGAGGACACUUCAAUCGACUACAAUCCACUGUAUAAGGAGAAGCACCAGGUGCAGCUGUAUGGUCGUGGUUUCAUUGCAGGAAUUGACCUCAAACAGCAGAAGAGAGAUCAGUCUCGUUUUUAUGGCGACCUGAUGGAGAAGCGGCGCACCAUGGAGGAAAAAGAGCAGGAAGAGCAGCGCCUGAAGAAGAUGCGCAAGAAGGAGGCCAAGCAGCGAUGGGACGACAGGCACUGGUCUCAGAAGAAGCUGGACGAGAUGACGGACAGAGACUGGAGAAUCUUUCGGGAGGAUUACAGCAUCACCACCAAGGGAGGCAAAAUCCCCAACCCCAUCCGCAACUGGAAAGAGUUCGACCUGCCCCCUCACAUCCUGGAGGUCAUCGACAAGUGUGGUUACAAGGAACCAACACCCAUCCAGAGACAGGCCAUUCCUAUUGGCUUACAGAACCGUGACAUCAUCGGCGUGGCUGAGACUGGUAGCGGUAAAACUGCUGCUUUCCUCAUUCCCUUAUUGGUCUGGAUCACCACUCUGCCAAAGAUUGACAGGAUCGAGGACUCCGAUCAGGGACCGUAUGCAGUAAUCUUAGCCCCCACCCGUGAGUUGGCCCAACAAAUUGAAGAGGAGACCAUCAAGUUUGGCAAACCACUGGGCAUCCGGACAGUGGCUGUGAUUGGAGGAAUCUCCAGAGAGGACCAAGGUUUCAGACUUAGGAUGGGUUGCGAGAUAGUGAUCGCUACACCAGGUCGUUUAAUUGACGUGUUGGAGAAUCGCUACCUGGUGCUCGGCAGGUGCACGUACGUGGUACUGGACGAGGCUGACAGGAUGAUUGACAUGGGUUUCGAACCCGAUGUCCAGAAGAUUCUGGAAUAUAUUCCUGUGACCAAUCAGAAACCGGACACGGAUGAAGCUGAGGAUCCUGAGAAAAUGACGCUGAACUUCGAAUCUGGCAAACACAAAUACAGACAGACGGUCAUGUUCACAGCCACUAUGCCUCCAGCUGUAGAACGACUGGCCAGAAGUUAUUUGCGGCGCCCUGCAGUGGUCUACAUUGGCUCUGCAGGCAAACCGCAUGAGAGAGUGGAGCAGAAGGUCAUCCUCAUGUCGGAGGGUGAGAAGAGGAAGAAACUUCUGGAAGUCCUCUCACGUGGAUUUGAGCCACCUAUCAUUAUCUUCGUCAAUCAGAAGAAGGGCUGCGAUGUGUUGGCCAAGUCUCUGGAGAAAAUGGGCUACAAUGCCUGUACACUGCACGGUGGCAAAGGACAGGAGCAGAGAGAGUUCGCUCUGUCCAACCUGAAGGCUGGAGCCAAAGACAUCCUGGUGGCCACUGAUGUGGCUGGUAGAGGUAUCGACAUCCAGGACGUCUCCAUGGUCAUCAACUAUGACAUGGCCAAGAACAUCGAGGACUAUAUCCAUCGUAUUGGCCGAACGGGUCGUGCUGGAAAGAGUGGUGUGGCCAUGACCUUCUUGACCAAAGAAGACUCGUCUGUCUUCUACGACCUGAAACAGGCUAUCCUGGAGAGCCCUGUGUCCACAUGCCCACCAGAGCUCGCCAACCAUCCAGAUGCUCAACACAAGCCCGGAACCAUCCUCACCAAGAAGAGGAGAGAAGAAACCAUCUUUGCCUGAAGAUCCCCAGAGCCAGGUCACAGUGGACACUCGUUUGGGCAUCUCUAUCUCUCUGUAUGCCCACUGCUACCAUGACUACCUGUCUUAACCAGAUACGGCUGAUGUCUCUGCGGGUUUUCAUUCCAAUCAAGCAGAAUCUCUUCUGCGUCUGUUAAUUAAGUUGGCUUAACAAAGUCAACUUACUGUUCAUCUCAUUAUUCCAUGCUUUUCAGUGCUGUUUUCUCAGGGCGCGGUUUUUGAGAGAGAACCACAUAACUUUGCAGGAACGUAGAGCUUAUACAGGAAUAAUGCGCUUAUGCUUUUGGAGCCAGUCACAGGUAUGAUGUUCAUACAGCGUUCGUUAAAACACAUUUUUCCUUCCUUUACAAAAUAAAUGCUGGAAUGUGGAGAAAAUUCUAAUCAUACGGCCACAAAUGAUCACAGAGGACAUUAACCUUACGUUACACCUUAAACGUAGCGAUGAAAUAUGACCGUGUACUGCAGCUUCAUACGAGUUAAUACACCCACGACACCCGACGUGACGCACGUGCCAGUUGCCGUCUAACACAGCCCCUCACAGAUGUUACACACAGGCUCACACACGAUCUAGUGCACGUAUACGCACACGUUAGCAACCACCUGGGAUACCAUAGCAACAGGCGAGCAACUCCUUAGCAGCCUUCUGGGAUGCCAGGGCAGUAGCCUGAUCUCAUUUUUCAGUCAGCUGAUCAGUUGUGUGAUAUCUGCUCCUGCUUGGUUGGUGUGAAAACCUGCAGCCACAUCAGCUGCUUGUGGAUAAGAUUGAUGACCCCUUCUCUGAUCCUCUCCUAAAACCGUAAUUAUAUCAUGGAUUAUAAUCUGUAAGUGCCCCUGUCGGGGGUGAAUUUGGGCUACGUUCACACGCCGCUGAACUGAAAUAUAAAGUUUUUUAGUUUUUUUUUUUUUUUUUUAUGUAAAUGCUGGUGUUUAACUGUGUAAGAGUACAGAAAGAGUUUGAGUCACUGUUUCAUUAGACAAACCUGUUAAGAUCAUCCAGUUUCUUAAUUACAUUCAUUUCUAUGAACUAGUAAUAAAGCCAGUUUGGCUGAGUCCGUCUCUGAUCUGCUGUUUUCAUCAAGAAAAUACAAAAUAAAGACACCACAACAAUAUUAAAAGUACAUAAAAUGUUAUGUUUAUUAUAACUAUCAGCAUUUUAAGGUUCAUUUAAAUAGAAAGCAUUCUAUACAGCAUCAAGCAGAUUUUUUCUUCAGAAAGAUGGGGCGAGAGGGCGGUCAGACAGCGCCAGAAGACCGGUGUAGUGUCUGUUGGGGUCAUAGCUAGUGCAUUUAUUGCAUUACAAAGCAGACAUCAAGAAAGAAAAUAAGUAGUGCAAUAUAUAUAUAUAUUUUUUUUUUCUCUAAAUACACAGAAAAGGAAGUCUUGAUGUUCUAAGGCGGCAUCUUUCCACAUUUGUAUUGCAUACAGAAUAAAUCAGACAAAAUAAAUCCGUCAAAUCAGACUCGCUGUAAAACUUGUGCUU